AUGUUGAUCCAGCUAAACGAAGUACCCAACGCUGGGUAUGUUUAUUUGGCGGUGGUAUACACUGUACUCAUGAACUUCUACCUUUCUCAUAACGUGAUGAAAGCAAGAAAGAAGUUUGAUGUCAAGUAUCCCACGAUGUACUCCAGCGAUGACCGCUUCAACUGCUAUCAGCGCGCUCAUCAAAACACUCUUGAGUACAUCCCGUAUGUUAUAAUCCUGUUCAUCCCUUGCGCCAUCGCCUGGCCCUUGUUUGCUAGUAUCUGCCAGGCGAUCUGGGUCACCUCUAGAUUCGUUUACGCCCAUGGUUACUACACUGGCGAUCCGGAAAAGCGUAUGCGGGGCGUUUUCGGCUACAUCGGUUUCCUUGGCAUGCUACUUUACAACAUCUGGAUCGCCAUCAAGCUCAUCUUUGGUCUAAAAGUUGAAAUGAGCACUGAGAAGCCGAUCAAGAGAAUUCCAGUUCGAAAAGCCCAGGAUUUGCCAAGUGAUUGCAGUGGAACUCCAGGCGGGACAAUCUAUGGAACGACCCCUGGAGGCACGAAAAUCAUUUAUGAUCGCCUUUAUCUCCUUCGAAUGCGGGAUCACGUCGUGUCGCAGACACCUCCACGAGACAUGCCAAACAUUCCUGGAGUAACGUGCGUCGAGUCCUUCGUUUCUGAUUCCACAACAAACAACGCUUGCGAACAUGGAAGAGUCGAAGACAACAAAAAUGCCAUAGACGAAGGUCCUGAGGACAACCUCAAAAAUCAAUAUCCGGACGAAUUGGAACUCUAA